AUGCAUUCCCACUACACGCCAUUCCCGCCAGACACACACCAACCCCACCAAACACCACAAGACGACGCCUCUCCAAGGCCUGCGUUCUAUGACCCCAGCAGGUCGUAUAAGACGAAGACAUCCAUGGUGGCCAGACGUUACGCCACGAACCACUGGCCGGAGUACAUGCAUCUCGAAGAGGCCGUCCAUCGCGAAGACGAUCUUUUUCGGCCACUCCUCACUGAAUCCAUCAAUCUGUGCUCUGUCCCGUCUACCUACUCGCAUGAUCAGGACGAUGUGCUCCUCGAUAUGGACCCAGACACAGCCGCCCUGUUCCAGUCCGCUCCUGUCGACCUGCCCGACCUGGACUUCAGCCUGCCAACAUGUCCGUCCACCCCGGUCAACGUCGUUCCUCCUCCACCGCCCUCCGUGCCGGCUGCCAUGGGGACCAGCGGUGGCGCAUGCCCCCGGUGUGGGGCCCACCGAAGUCAAGCAUGGGCAGAUGGCAAAGCAUGGGUGGACUUCGACACGCGGCUGGCCCGCAUGGAGGCUACCAUGAUCGAGACGGCGUCGGCUGUGGCCCGCAUGGAGGCCACCAUGAAUGAGACGGCCUCGACUUUCCAGAGCCUGUUGCCUCGUGCCUACGGCGCAAUGCAGAACCUGAUCGACAUUACCAUUUUGUUUGACGAGAACAUGGAGAAGCUGAAGCAGUCCUUGGGCUUGUUCACGCGAGGCAUUGUCGAGCAUUUCUUUGGGGACGCGACCUUGACUGACGCGGAGACGUUCGCUUCAUGUGAUCCCUAG